AUGUCAGCAACAACAGCACCAAACUCGUUAGUCAUGAACCCAACAUCUAUGUUAGUAGAGAUGAAAAGCUUCAUUCCUUCUUCAUAUACUUUCGAAACAGAAAUCCAGAAGAUAAAGCAAGAACUUCUCCAAGGAGAUUUAAACUGUAGUGCGAAAGAUGAAACAAAUGAACAGUAUCUUUAUGAAAUGCAGGAUAUUAUUGACCAUCUACCUAAACUUCCUGAAAUACAACAACAAAAGCUUACUAUUCCAGAAUUCGAUGAAAUAGAAGUGAAACCAACUGACUCAGUAGAAACCAAGAAGUUCAUACGAAAGAUAAACUAUGAGUUUCUUGGAUUUCAUUGCAACCACAAAGACUGCGAUAUGGUAUAUUUCAUUGACAUAUAUAAAUCUGGGGAGUUUAAGACCUACGACAACUUUGUUUCGUUAGUUGCAAAAUGUGUAUGGCAGAUAA